AUGGACGCCAGCCUGCCGAAGCGGAAGGAACCCGGCAAGUCCCUGCGCAUCAAAGUCAUCUCCAUGGGCAACGCCGAGGUGGGCAAAAGCUGUAUUAUCAAGCGAUACUGUGAGAAAAGAUUUGUGUCAAAAUACCUUGCAACAAUUGGAAUUGACUAUGGAGUCACAAAGGUACAAGUCAGAGACAGAGAGAUCAAAGUGAACAUCUUUGACAUGGCUGGACACCCCUUCUUCUAUGAGGUGCGAAACGAGUUCUACAAGGACACACAGGGCGUGCUGCUGGUCUACGACGUGGGGCAGAAGGACUCCUUUGAGGCCCUGGACACGUGGCUGGCGGAAAUGAAGCAAGACCUUGGGCCUCACGGGAACAUGGAAAACGUGGUCUUCGUAGUGUGUGCCAAUAAGAUUGACUGCACCAAGCACCGCUGUGUGGAUGAAAGUGAAGGGCGUCUUUGGGCCGAAAGCAAAGGGUUCCUGUACUUUGAAACUUCAGCACAAACCGGAGAGGGAAUUAAUGAGAUGUUCCAGACCUUUUAUGCAUCCAUAGCUGACUUAUGUGAAAAUGGCGGGAAACGUCCUAUCCCAAAUAGCAGUGCUGGUUUCACCAAAGAACAAGCAGACACCGUUCGCAGAAUUCGGAGUUGUAAAGACAGUUGGGACAUGUUGGGAGUCAAACCUGGAGCCUCAAGGGAGGAGGUGAACAAGGCCUACCGGAGGCUCGCCGUUCUGCUGCACCCUGACAAGUGUGUGGCGCCGGGCAGCGAGGACGCCUUCAAGGCGGUGGUGAACGCUCGCACGGCCGUCCUGAAAAACAUCAAGUAG